AUGACCCCCUCUAUCUCUUUCUCUCUCUUUUCUCUCUCUCACUCUCUUUCUCUCUAUAUAUAUAUCUUUCUCUCUAUCUCUCUCGCUCUCUUUUCCUCCCUCUAUCUCUCUUUCUCUAUCUCACGCCCUCUCUCUCUUUCCAUCUCUCGCUCUUCUUCUGUCUCUAUCUCUUUCUCUAUCUCUCACACCCUCUCUUUCUCUCUCUCGCACUUCCUCUCUCACUCUCUCUCUCGCGCGCGCCCUCUCUCUCUUUAUCUCUCUCAUGAUCUCUCUCGCCCUCUAUUACUCUCUCUCCCUCUCUCUCCUGCCUCCCUUUAUCUCUCUUUCUCUCUCCCUUUCUCUUUCUCUCGCGCGCGCCCCCUCUCUCUCUUUAUCUCUCAUGAUCUCUCUCUCACCCUCUAUUACUCUCUCUCUCGCGCGCGCGCGCGUUCUCUCACUCCUCCCUCCCUUUAUCUCUCUCCCUCUAUCUCUCAUACCCUCUCUCUAUCUCUUUCACGGUCUUUCUUUCUCUUUGGUUCUCUCUUUCUCUCUCUCUUUCUCUCUCUCUCACUCCUUGUCUCUCUCACUCUCUCUCUCACUCUUAAAGCAUCUUUUCAGGACGUUAAACAAAGAAAAAGGAUUUAA